ACAGAGAGAGCCAGGACAGAAACCCCACCCACGUUUUAGAAGAGGAGGAGCUCGUAUUAUAGUGAGCAAAAAGAAAAAGCUCCUGUAUUGUAGAAGACAGACAGAGGGAGAGAGAGGGAGGAAAUCCACACAGUGCAGACAAAAGCGUUGUUUCUGGCUGGACUUUGUUUACCUUCUCUGCUGCCGUUCCCACUCGGACGAGACGGAUUAUUAAACCUUUCCUACCGACGGGACUUUUGCGACAUAGCUUGGAUUUCUUUUCUUUGUGUUUAAUUUUUACUUUAUGAAGUUUGUGCUUUUCUAACUUUGGACCUGUGGAUUUAUUAGGAAUUCCGUUGAUAUUAUCAGACAAUUUCAGUUCGCAGCCAGCUUGUUAUCGUGUAAUUUCCAGAGGCAGCGGUGAUGUUCCUUCACUGACAUGCACCAUCCGUCCAGACCACCAAACCGGUCCGAUGGCUUGCCUACAUUGACAGCUACGCAGGGGACAGGAUAUCCACCACAAACCUCCCGUUCAGACAGCGACGGCGACCGAAGUUUUUGUCGCACCGAUUCCACGGGAGGAGGAGGAGAGCCGGACUCCCCGUCCUGUUGGAGGACCAGACCCGUCUCUCCUCUCGACAGCCUCGGUGUUUUUCAGAAGAGGUCUAUCUUCCACCUCCCUCGUCGCGCCUCCAGUGGGUAUUUUUCUUCUGACGGUGACUCGCUGCCGAGCUCCCCGCUCUCUCCAAGGCCACCGACGGCUGACAAAGCCACACAGACUCCGAGUCCCAUCGCUCAGGUGAUACAACACGCCCUGCAGUGCAUGACAGAGGCGCAUGGCGGAGGACCCGGGAGGCACCAGCAGUACGGACACUCUCCCAACCCCUCUAGCCCGCGGCAACGAAACGCAGCAGGGGACAUGCAGGCAGAGGCAAUUGGACAAGAGCUCCGAAGGAUUGGCGACUAUAAUAGGCUGCUGUUAAGGGGAAUGGUGGGCCGACAUGAACGGAUUGAGAUCCGUCCAAACCCCCAGCUGCACAUGCAUCCGGAGCCCACCAUGCUGAUCUGCGUGGGUCUCUUGAUCCUUCUGAUUGGGCGGAUUAUCUACCUACAAGGCCAUACAAACAGCCCGGACCACUCUCAGGUGUAGCCUUUGGGAAACCCAGCAGACGUAGCAUAUUUCUUUAAUAAUGUAUAUGUAUUAUAUCAAAUCUUAAAACUUCUUUUUGCCUAUGGGGAACCUUUUGUACCCCCAACUUCCUGACCUUUACAAUUGAGGAUGAAGACUUUGGAUGAUGUUUAUAUUCAUUUCCUAUGGAGACCAUUGAUUAACACCUUUAAAAGACUCUAAAUUGCCUGGAUUUUCACCUGUUUUUUCCAUCACCUUCUCUGAGCCACGGCAAUUCAACCAAAGAGCCGGGAUUUUGCACUCCUUCCAGGACUUGUUAGUUAACCCUGGGGAAUCUAAAAGUGCCUAAAGUUUCUUGUUUACUUUUUCAUUCUCUUUUUAAGGUGUUUUGUUGUACAAAGAUGAUUAAGUAAUUUGUGAUCAACUCUGCCCAGGGUUGUUAAAAUGAGAGGGUCCAGUCCAGCAAAUUCCUAGUCUUGUUUAAUAUCAGGAUCCAGCGUGCAAGCUGGACCAAGACAUAAAUUGAUUGUUUUUUUUGUUUGUUUUUUGUUUUGUUUAAUCAAUUUUACCCAACAAUGGUUCUAAAAUUCUGUGCUAUGUAAUGUUUUGUUCCAUGAAUUUCAUGUCUGCUUACAUCUGCGUUGUAGGUUACAAGGUAAUGCUGGGAACACCAAUGUUCCCAGCCACACAUUGGUCUACCUUACAUAGAUAGCCAUCCAUCCUGUUUUUAUAUCAUAAAUGUGUACACUAAUCCUCAUUGGGAUAAGGCUGAUAUUCUAGGGAGAGAUGAGGUGGUUUAUAGAAUAUUGCUGUGGUCAUCAGCAACAACAAACAGGAAUAUCAUCUGUAUGAAACGACAGGUACACCAGUCUCUGCUUGCGAUAAAAGUAAUGGAAAAGUAAAUGGUUCAGUUGUAGGAGAAGAAAGAUGGAGUCAGGAUUGAUCAGUCUAUACAAAAGUAAAAGUACUAAACCUUCCCUGAAGAAAUUCAUCCUUAAAACAUCCAAAAACUGCAUUGUUUGAAUAAAUAAUGAGGAAUCCAUUUGGUUUUGUGCCAUAUUAAAAUACACUGAUCAACUUGUAUCUUACAUUCUCUCUCCAGCUACCACAUUAUGUUUAAUAUAUCAUCAGGUAAUCUGUAAUCUGGAUCAUUUUCCUUUCAAAGGGUACUUGAAAUUGAUGCAUAAGUCUUGCCACAAACACAUGAGAAAACACUUCUUUUACUAGUCUUUUAUUUGAAAGUGCUAAAUUAAGGUUUGAACACUUAUUUCACUUUACAAUGUAUUAACAGUGAUAGCAAACACUCAACAGUAGGCCCUUAAAAUGUGUAAACAACACCUGCCCAGAUAGAUUGUAUACACUGUAUUAAUUUACCGUUGUGUUAUUAAAAAGGACAGUUAUACUUCAAAGAAUCUCAAGUAAUUGAUACAAGCCUUUCCCCCUCUCUUGAAAAGCGUGUGUGUUUCUGCAAGCACUUGAGUCUGAUUAAACAGUGAGAGCCAGUAACUCCUCCCUGAUUACUGCAACUAACUUACAUCUAAACUCCUUUCAUCUCCAAUGCAGUCUCUGUACUUGGAUCCCUUAAAUAUGACAGCAGAAAAAUGGCAUUAGAUGUAUUCGUUCCCAUCAGGUUGUUUGCCAAAACCAAUUAGCACGCGUUUUAAAAAUAAACUUUAUUAACUUGUGGAAAUGGACAAACAAUCAGACAUGAAACAAAAGACAAGGAUGCAAGAAUAGUUGUUAACAAUAAGUGGAAAAAAUGAUUCCAAUAACAGAGUCAUUUAGUAAAACGUUCUGAAUAAAAUUAAAUUAUUGACUUGGACUUUUUUUUGUCAGCAACUAAUAAAAGAGACUCAAAAUAACUGUCUAAAUCGAUUUAGAGCUAAGAACCUGGGCCUUAUGAAAUUGAAAUUUUGCUGAUAAGAUAAAGAUUUUGCAUGUCGAUAAUCUAACACAUGAGCAGAGUACUUCACCUUUCAGCAAAGUUAAACAUUUGAUUUCAUGUCAAUAUGCCACCCAAUCAUAGAACAUGAACUCAGCCCUGUAAACCACUAAACAGUGUCAUUUCCAUUAGCUGCUUGUUAAUUCAUCUUCUAUUCUUAGUUCUUACAAACGCAUCUUGAAUACCGUUACUAUUCCAAACAUUUUUUUUUUACAAAUACUAUGUCUUCCACUGUGCUUUCAAACUGGAUUAACUUUAAGCAGUCAGACUGAAUGUAGUUGGCAAAUCAUUGCUUUGUUGACAAGGUCAUGUUAUCCGUUUAUUAGCAUAAAGUAUAAAACUCAGCCAAGGCUUUCUCGUGCUUGCCAGGUCAUUAAACCCUCUGAGAGAGAUAUCUGGAAAACAACCAAACACUGAAUCAUGCAAAGUCAAAUAGGGUUUUGUCACUGACUAGUUUGCUAACAAUUGUGCAUCAAACUGUGGUGAUAAAUGCUUCAGAUUUAUUACAUUUGCUCAUAUUAAUGAACUCUGAUUUCAUUAAAACAUUAAUUCUGUUGUCGGUGAAGGAACUACAAAAGUAGACUAUUCUUUAAUUAUUAUCCUAUCUAAUGAAUACUGAAAUAAAAAAGCCAGUUGAAGCUAAUAAAAGAACUUCAAGUAACAGUUGAGAAUCUUCAGAAAGUGUGAAAAUUUCUUAUGCAAAGAAAUGAUCUCUGUAUGUUCUUAAGUUGCAUCUUGUCCCUCUGAAAAUGUGUCAGUCAUUGACUUGUCUCCUGUUCACUGAGUAUUCUUUUUUUCCCCCUCCGUUGCAACGUUGAGAGCUCUGUGACUGCUUGCUGAUUUCUGAUAUUGUGCCAUGUGAAACCUAAGACCUCAUUUAGAAGUACUGUGUUACAGCUGGAGAGCAUGGCAGGGUGGAAACUGAAAGAUGAAUUACUGUCUCCUGAAACUGAUAUGGAAACCUGUGUUGGUUCACAGCCUGUGUAUGUAGGUGUUACAGUACAGACAGGGUUGUGUGACAUUCAGGGCUUUACUGAAUACUGCUGGAGCUGCUUUGGCCAAUCAUGAUGCAGACCUUUUUUUCUAUUCUAGGACUUAAGAUAACCAAGUCUGAGAUCUAUAAGCAGGAAAAUAAAUAUUGAUGAACUUGCUUCUUUUUUUUUUUUUCAUUGAUGAAACAUAUAAGGUAUAGUGGACCCAGCCACUAUGGUGUCAUGCUUUAUUGCAAAUGUUGUACAGAAAUGCAUCUGUUGAGAGUCAGAAACAAAUAGAUCUGAUGAUUUUGAAUGACCCAGUAUAACGUAGCAUUGUGUCGUCCUUUUUUGUGUAUACCUUAACUAUACACUGAAAAUAUUGUAAUUAGGCUGUUUUGAUUUCUUAAAAUUCCUUUGUAAAUAAAGUUUUAUACAUUGAA